GAGCAGUGUGACUUCACCGAGGACCAGACCGCAGAUCUGAGCCCCAAGCGCUGGGACCUAGCCUGGGCGGUGGCAGAUUCCUGCGGAGUUGUAUAGUAGUGGUGGAGAGCCUAGCCUGCCGCAGCUCAGGGGGUGUGUAAACAGAUGGCUACCACCUUAAGAAUUCAAGGAGGCUUUCCAGCUGUUUGACCGAACAGGUGAUGGCAAGAUCCUGUACAGCCAGUGUGGGGAUGUGAUGCGGGCCCUGGGCCAGAACCCUACCAACGCCGAGGUGCUCAAGGUCCUAGGGAACCCCAAGAGUGAUGAGAUGAAUGUGAAGGUGCUGGACUUUGAGCACUUCCUGCCCAUGCUGCAGACCGUGGCCAAGAACAAGGACCAGGGAACCUACGAGGAUUAUGUUGAAGGCCUUCGUGUGUUUGACAAGGAAGGAAAUGGCACCGUCAUGGGUGCUGAAAUCCGUCAUGUCCUAGUCACACUGGGCGAGAAGAUGACAGAGGAAGAAGUAGAGAUGCUAGUGGCGGGGCAUGAGGACAGCAAUGGUUGCAUCAACUAUGAAGCAUUUGUGAGGCAUAUCCUGUCGGGGUGACGGGCCCAUGGGGCGGAGCUUGUCCGGAUGGUGCUGAAUGGCUGAGGACAUUCUGUAUCCCGAGUCUGUUCCUUGCCCAGUGUGAUUUCUGUGUGGCUCCAGAGGCUCCCCUGUCACAGCACCUUGCCCAUUUGGUUUCUUUUGGAUGAUGUUUGCCUUCACCAAAUAAAAUUUGCUCUCUUUGCCCUC